UUGAAGGUGUAAUAAAGGCCAGGAUGAUGAAGGAUUCUCUUAUAGCAUCUUGCCUGAAUCAGAAACAGGUUCGGCCUACAAUUUUCUGUUCGACGCUAACAAAGAAGCUGAAGAAAUUAGAGGAAGCAUCUGACAGUGAUUCUGGAGUUGUGACAAUGACUUUCCACUUAGAAAAUGGAAGCCAACAGCAGAUGAUUGUUGAAGAAGGCCUCAGAGUCAUUGACCUUUGUCACUUAUUAACCCUAAAGUUUAAUCUCGCACGAUCUCAUACGUGGUCUAUAGUGGAACAGCUGCAUAGCUUGAAAAUUGAACGUAGCCUCGAAGAUCAUGAAGAGGUAUUACAUGUGUAUAACACUUGGGAUAGUGAAACAUCAGACAGGAACAAGUUUGUUUUCAGGCAAGACUUCCAGAAAUAUGAAUUCUUGAAAAGCACUCAGGUAAAUUUAGUACCAGAAUUGGAAGGUUUAUCUGACAAUAUAACCCCAUUUG